AUCUCAGCCAGUGACACUGUAGCAGCGCCAUGCAGCUAACUGCAGCUCCAUCCCCCGGGCUGUGACCAGCAGAGGCGAGAACAACCUUUUACAAACUCAUUCUGGUACAAAAGAAGGAGAAGAAAUAACCAGUGCACCAUGGAGGCUGUUAAAGCGUUUAACGGCGAGCUGUACUCUCUGAAUGAAUACAAGCCUCCGAUCUCCAAAGCGAAGAUGACCCAGAUCACCAAGUCAGCCAUUAAAGCGAUAAAGUUCUACAAACAUGUGGUCCAAAGUGUGGAGAAGUUCAUUCAGAAGUGCAAGCCUGAGUACAAGGUCCCCGGUCUGUACGUCAUUGAUUCAAUUGUGCGUCAGUCGCGGCACCAGUUUGGCCAGGAGAAAGACGUGUUCGCACCACGCUUCAGCAAGAACAUCAUCUCCACCUUCCAGAACCUCUACAGAUGCCCUUCUGAUGAUAAGAGCAAGAUCGUCCGCGUCCUCAACCUGUGGCAGAAAAACAGCGUGUUUAAAAGUGACAUCAUCCAGCCGUUAUUGGACAUGGCAGCGGGACUCCCGCCCCCGAGCGUCACACCUGUUCCCGCCAGCACCGCUGUUCCUGUUAAUAACGCCACUCCUGGCACUCCUGCUACUCCAGCCACUCCAGCCAACAUCAUGCCCAGUUUACCGGACUGGGCCUCUCAGAUCUCCAACUCUGACACCGUGGCAGCUGUAGCACAGAUCCUACAGAGCCCUCAAGGGCAGCAGUUGCAGCAGUUGGUGCAAAGUCUGCAGAUGCAGCAGCAGAAGCCUCAGCCGUCUCUCCUGCAGGCGCUGGACGCUGGUCUGGUGGUCCAGCUGCAGGCCCUCACUGCUCAGCUCACAGCGGCCGCAGCAGCCAACACACUCAAUCCGCUCGAGCAGAGAGUCUCAUCCUUCAACAAGAAACUCUUGGGACAGUUUGACUUUGGCGGCGAGUCCGAACCGAGUGAGGAUUCUAAAAAGGACACGGCAGCACCUCAGUUGCCCAUGGUUUCGGAGUCCAUUAACAACUCCCUCUUCCAUCAGUUGGCUGAGCAGCUCCAGCAGCAGAACCUCGAACAAUUUCAGAAGCAAAUUCUAGAGCACCAACAGCAUCAGCAGAAGUCCAUAGCCAUGGAGAGCCAGGAGAGCAUCUUCGGUCCCGAGAACUCAGCCCCUCCAACACAGAGCAGCAUCCAACCACAGCUCCAGGAACAGGAAACCAAACUGGAUGAUUCUAUUGACAACCAACAACAGGACAUGGACCUGGACGAGGGACAGGACACAGUAGAUGAGGAUAUGUUUGAGUCGGAGGAGAAAAAAACCAGUGGUACUCGUUCCAGAACACACUCUCGGUCUCAUUCCAGGUCCCCAAAGAGGAGGAGGUCAAGGUCCCGCUCAGGGUCUCGGAAACGUAAACACCGGAAACGCUCACGCUCACGGUCCAGAGACCGAAAGAGGAAAUCUUCUCGUUCCUACUCCAGCGAGCGACGAGCACGGGAGAGAGAAAAGGAGCGGCAAAAGAAGGGCCUUCCUCCCAUCCGCUCCAAAUUUCUCAGCGUGUGUAGCACUACUUUGUGGGUGGGACAAGUGGACAAGAAGGCAACACAGCAAGAUCUUACCAACCUUUUUGAGGAAUUUGGCCAGAUUGAAUCCAUCAAUAUGAUUCCUCCCAGAGGGUGUGCUUACAUUUGCAUGGUACAUCGGCAGGAUGCUUAUCGUGCACGACAGAAAUUAAGCACUGGCUCGUAUAAAAUUGGCUCCAAGGUCAUUAAGAUUGCCUGGGCCCUUAAUAAGGGUGUGAAACAGGAGUACAAACAGUUCUGGGACGUGGAUCUAGGCGUGACCUACAUCCCCUGGGAGAAGGUUAAACUGGAUGACCUAGACGGCUUUGCAGAAGGAGGCAUGAUCGACCAGGAAACGGUCAACAAUGAAUGGGAAGCUCAGAAGAACACAGAAGCACCUAAGGAACCCCAGGUUCAGCCGGUGGCUGCUGAGAGCAGUGCAGCGAGCACGUCGCAGAACGAAACCUUCACACAGCCAGUCACCAUGAUGCCCGUACAGAUCCCAGUGGCACAGACCGUCCCUGCUGUCAGCCUGGUCCCGCCUGCUUUUCCUGUCACCAUGGCAAUGCCCCCACCAGGCUUUGGUCCCCCACCCCCCUUUCUCCGGGCUGGAUUCAACACUACGCAGCCUCCUCCAGGUUUCAUGGCCACUUCUGGUGUUGCGCCGUCUGCAGUUGGAGCCGGCCUCGCCUCAGCCCAAGCAGCUCUGGUACAGCCUACACAAGACAGCAACAAGGAUUCAACAUUUGGAGCAAUGCUCCCUCCGACAAGCACUAUUCCAGCAAGCUUCCUGCCCUCAGGAAUGCCUGGAGCGGUAUUCAACCCUGUGGGAACGCAAGCGCAGCAGGCCAGCACUGACAAGACAACUGCGUCUACAGAGAGUAUAGACACACCUAACGAAAUAACACUGCAGGGAAUGCAGAAUGCAGUGCGCAGUGGGAUGGGUUUACUGGGCAUGCACCCUUCUGCAUCUCUCCCUCACCCUCUCCCUGGUCAGAGGAUGCCUGGGCUGCUGCCCCUCGAACUGCGGCCGAACCUCCUUCAGGGAGCCGGGGCUCGUUUCCCCAUGCUCAUGCAGCAAGGCCUGGCGCAACAGGCCAACAGCCUCCUGGAUGGCUCGCUUCAGGCCCGUGCCCGAGCCCCUUUCCCUCAGAUGGAGCACUUUAAUCGCCCAGAAGGUCCCUUUGCGAGGGCCCCCAAUCCUACAGGUCCUGCACCAGACAACAUGGACAAAGUUAAUAAUAAUAAUAACAACACACCGACUACUUCAGACAGCGGAGGCCAGCAAGAGGGCGAUCAGGAUUAUCGCUUCCCACCUCCGGAGAAACAGAGCACGGGUCUGCUGAGGACUCCUCCUCCUGAGAUGAGGUCAGAACCCACUCCUGUUAGAGCUCCACUGCUGGAGAGACCGCCCAGAGGAGGCAUGCACAUGGAAGGCCGAGAAGGACUCGGGAGACGGGAACCCAUGCCAGGCCCUUUCAGAGCUGAGUCGCGUUGGGGUGCACCACGAGGAGACCUGGACGAGCGAGAUAUGAGAGGAAUGCCAGUAGGACCACCAAAGAGCUUUCAGGAGGAUCGGGGGAAUCCGAACUUCCAAAACCGUUUUGAAAUGCGAGGAGGAGGAGGAGGAGGAGUCAUGGGUGGAGUAGGGCCGGUUUGGAAUCGCGGAGGAGGUGGUCCCUUCAACGCGAACAUGCAUCAGGACUUUGAUGAUCGGCGUCGGCCCUGGGAGAGACAGAAGGACCGAGAUGACAGGGACUUCCGCAGAGAAAUGAACGACAACCGGCACAGAGAACGAGGUCGAGAUCGGAAUCGGGAGCGAGAGAGAGACAGAGAACGGGAUAACGAGAAGGAAAGAGAAAGGGAGCGUGGAGGCUGGGUGCCUCUUAAUCCCCAACCUCUCCUCCCUCUUCCCAGACCAUCCCAACCACUGCUCCCUCUACCGACUCCUCUGCUAAACCUGCCUCCAUGUCAACCCGAGUUGCAUCCUAAACCUCUCCUACAGCACGAACCACACCCCACAGGGAGACCAGUCGAAUCGCAGCCGGACGUAAAGACGCCCCUGCAGCCGCAGCCUGUAAAAGAGAGUGCAGGCGGCCAUGAGAAGAAAGACGCCUUUAGUGACAAUGUUGACAACCUGGACUCUAAACCCGAAACUGGCCCAGAACCCACAGCCGAGCCAUCUCGCCCCUCCCCGUCCGCUCCCACAGCCGAGCCCAUAAAUGAGACACGAGCCCCGGAAGUGUCCGCUUCCCCGCUUGUAGCUGCAGGCGGCGGGCAGACCGCGCUGAAGGAAGAACCUGAGACUGGGACUGAGCCUGAGCUAGUGAAAACGGACACUGAGGAAACAUAAUCGUCACUCAGUAGGUAAAAAGAUUUUGUAUAGUUGUCAUCUCUGUACUUAUUUCAAACGGCUUCCACAGGACCUGCUCAGUUCUGUUGCCCGAAAGAAAAAAAGAAAGAAAAAAAAAGAUUUUACCUGAUUGAUUUCAUGCCAGUUAUGUACAUCAUAGAUUGCUCAUCAUGGAGGAUUUCACUGGUAGAUGAAAUUUUAAUGUUUUAUUUUAUUUUAAUUUCUUUUUUUUUUUUUUUAAAUGCAACCCCACUGUUUUAAAGCUAGGUUUUAAAGUCCUUUGAAUUUGCUUGCCAAAAUGCCAAAAUAUUGUGUAGCCUAAUUGUAAUUUGGGGAGGGUGGGUAGCUGUGACCUUCCUAUGGAAGAGUUUAAAGGACGCUGGCUUUUUUUUUUCCCCCUAAAAAGGAUCGAAUGCAGAAUGCGUAAAGGGGGGGGGAAGGGAAAAGGGGAAAAAAAAAAAGAAAAAAAGCAGUCAAGGCCUGUUCUGUGUUUUGAUUUCCAACCAGCGGCUGCAGAAUUUAAAAUGAAUGAAUGCCUUUGUGGUGUCCUAAUGCUUGUUGUCUUUUAAGCAAAUUAUACGUACAGCCACUACAGUGAGAACAGUAAUGCAGUUUUAGUUGCUUUGAAAAGAAUACAAAAGAUUAAAAAUAUGAUGUACUAUCCCCAUCUUAAUGUCUGAUUUUUCUUCAUCACACUGCAGUGAAUACAUCGGCUCAGCCAGAAAAGGUCUCAGAAGGCAAAUGGAUGUUAAGAGCACUCUGUUUAGUUUCAAAUAAACAUGCUUUGUUGGUUAAAA